AUCAACAAUUGCGCUUCCGGUUCGGUGGGUGGACAAACAUGUCGGCGCCCAUGCGAAUGUCAUGUUGUUGACUUUCUUUAUGUAAUUUGUUUCGUUUGAGCGAUUCUACAAAACAUUAUACUUGUAUUUCCUAACAAUUCUACAUGCAGUUACCGAAUUUAUAAGAGAAUCUGUCAAAAUGGUCCAUUUAUCAUCUUUCCUGCUUAAGAAGUACCACGGUGGGCAUGUGGUCAUCAGGCUGGCUUUAGGAGGGGUCACUAACAGACCUUUCUACCGUAUUGUAGCUGCUUAUAAUAAACGAGCGAGAGAUGGCAAAUACCUCGAGCAGGUGGGCUCAUAUGACCCACUCCCAAAUGUACACAAUGAAAAACUUGUCGCUUUCAAUUAUGAAAGAAUCAAGCAUUGGAUUGCAUGCGGGGCCCAUACGACAAAACCAGUGGCCAAACUUCUGGGUGAGAUUGGCUGAUUUUUCCCUUUGCAUCCGAUGACAAUAACUGAAGCAGAGCGGCGAAAGAAAGCAGCUUCAAGAGCAGAAGUUAAAACAGACAGUCAGGAGGAGGUGGAGCAGUGAACCCAAAAGAAGAACUGUUGAUGCAAAAUCAAGUGUUCAUGAUUUUUGUUGUUGUUGUUGCAUCUCAGUAGUUAUAAUGUACAUUGUAUUUCUGUAUUUUUUUCUAAACGAAGAUGUCGUUUUUUUGACUAUGAACAUCAGCAAGUUAAACUUCAGACAUGUAGACACUGCUUGAUGAAAGUUUCUUUGUUAAAUAAUUCUAUAGAACUCAAAAGGCAACUGAAAGUGAAUUAUGUAAUCAUUAAACCAUUGCAAACUCA